GUUGGAGUUUCAGUCUGUUUUGGAGUUAGGCCUACUAGCACUUCCAGUUAAAAGAAGAGUGUUUUUUACCUUUCCCCUGGAUUACCUGUUCAGGUUGGUGAUGGGGAAUGCGGUGGGGGGAAUAGAGCAGGCAGAUGGCAGGGAGGCCAAGCACUCUGUGGGAUCAGGAACGGGCCUGAGUGACCACACCCCGACCCUGCAGAAGAAGCAGCCUGCUCCCCCCAAGCUGCCCAUGCCCCCAGAGGACGAGCUGGAGGAGCGCUUCAGUGUGGUUCUGAGCUAUAUGAACUUGCCUCCAGACAAGCUGAAACUGUUGAGUCAGUAUGACAAUGAGAAGAAGUGGGAGCUGAUCUGUGAUCAGGAGCGGUUCCAGGUGAAAAACCCUCCCUCUACCUAUCUGACCAAGAUCAAGAGCUUCUAUCAGGACCAAGGAGGAGUGACCCGCAGGUUCAAGAGGCGUGUCCAGGAGUCCACUCAGGUACUGAGAGAGCUGGAGAUCUCCCUCCGCACUAAUCAUAUUGGCUGGGCCCAGGAGUUUCUGAAUGAGGAGAACCAGGGUUUGGAUGUAUUGGUGGAUUACCUGUCCUACGCCCAGUGUGAUGCUUCGUUUGACUUGGAGGGUGCUGAGAAUGGGGGAACACUGUCAGAGAGAGGGAAGCCAGCGGAGAGGUCCAUGGAGGACCUGAAUAAGAGUGCAGGAAGCUCCCCUACACACGGCAUGACCAGAGCAGCCCGCGCCCUGACCGUACGAAUAACCUCUCUAGCCCAGAGUAGGAGAACUCAGAAGAUCUCUCGAUUGGCCAGUCAGCGGGACGACGUCCAUGUGUGCAUCAUGUGUCUGCGUGCCAUCAUGAACUACCAGUCGGGCUUCAACCAAGUUAUGACUCACCCACGCUGCGUCAACGAGAUCACUCUCAGUCUCAACAACAAGAGCCCCAGAACCAAAGCCCUGGUGUUGGAGCUGUUGGCUGCUGUGUGUCUUGUGAGGGGCGGUCAUGACAUCAUUCUCGCCGCCUUCGACAACCUCAAGGAGGUGAGCGGAGAGAAGAACCGCUUUGAGAAACUGAUGGAGUACUUUAGCAAUGAUGACAGCAACAUUGACUUCAUGGUGGCCUGCAUGCAGUUCAUUAACAUUGUGGUACAUUCGGUGGAGAAUAUGAACUUCCGUGUGCACCUGCAAUAUGAGUUCACUCACCACGGACUGGACCAGUACUUAGAGUCUCUGAAGCUGACAGAGAGUGAGAAGCUGCAGGUUCAGAUUCAGGCCUACCUGGACAACGUGUUUGAUGUGGGGGCUCUGCUGGAGGACGCAGAGAACAGGGGCGGGGUGCUGGAGCAUGUGGACGAACUGCAGGAGCAUAACUCACAGCUGAGUGCCAGGCUAGAGGAGAUUGAGAGCCAGUCUGCAGAGAGGAUGGCUGAACUGGAGAAACAGCUCCUCCAAGCCACCAAGGAGGCAGAGCUGCUCAAGGAGAGCCUGCGGGACUCCUGUUCCCAGGUCAGUUCUCUGCAGCAGAGAGAGAGGGAGAGGGAGAUGAGCCAGGAGAGGGAGCGGGACAGAGAGCGUCUAAGCCAGCCCUCCUCUGAGCUGGAACUCAAGGUGCAGGAGCUGCAGGACCAAGGGCUGAUCCGCCUGGGACGCACUCCCUCUGGGGCCCUAGACCUCCAGGUGGUGCCUGUCACCAUCAUCGAGUACGCCCCCGCCCCAGCCUCUGAGCCCAUGCUCAGCUCCACUGGUCCCACUGCCCCUGGCCUAGACGUCCCUGAUGCCACUCCCUCCUCAGCCAUCUCUUCUGUCCCCCCUCCUCCUCCCCCACCACCUCCUGGGCCUGGUGGACCUGCUCCCCCACCCCCUCCACCUCCUCCUCCUCCCCCACCUGGCUCCGGUGGCCCACCUCCCCCUCCUCCUCCCCCUCCUCCCGGGGGAGGUCCGCCCCCACCUCCUCCUCCACCCGGCGCUGGACCUCCGCCCCCACCAGGAGGCCCACCUUCUGGAGACAGCCAAGCCGGAGGUAAAGGCAGGAAACCCAUCCAGACUAAGUUCCGGAUGCCUUUGCUCAACUGGCAGGCACUGAAGCCCAACCAGGUGACUGGCACAGUCUUCCACGAGCUGGACGACGAGCAGAUCUUAGGGGAGCUGAACAUGGAUGCGUUUGAAGAGCAGUUUAAGACCAAGGCCCAGGGUCCUCCAGCAGCUCUGUCCACUCUUAAGGUCAAGGUGGCCCAGAAGGCCCCCAGCAAGGUCAACCUGAUCGAGGGCAACAAGGCCAAGAACCUGGCCAUCACGCUACGCAAGGGAGGCAGGAGCCCCACAGACAUCUGCACAGCUAUAGAGACGUAUGACCAGCAGGCGUUGGGGCUGGACUUCCUGGAGCUGCUGGAGAGGUUUGUCCCGUCAGACUACGAGCUGAAGCUCCUCCAGAACUAUGAGAAGGAGGGCCGUCCGCUGGAUGAUCUGGCAGAGGAGGACCGCUUCAUGAUGCGCUUUGGGAAGAUCCCCCGUCUGGCCCAGCGAAUCAGCACCCUCACCUUCAUGGGCAACUUCCCCGAGAGCGUCAAACGUCUGCAGCCGCAACUGAACUCCAUAAUCACAGCAUCCAUGUCCAUUAAGUCCUCGGCCAAGCUGAAGAAGAUGUUAGAGAUCAUCCUAGCCUUUGGGAACUACAUGAACAGCAGUAAGAGGGGUGCAGCCUAUGGGUUCCGCCUGCAGAGUCUGGACCUGCUGCUGGACACCAAGUCUACAGACCGCUCCCAGACCCUGCUACACUUCAUCUCCAGCAUUGUCCAGGAGAAAUACCCUGAACUCAACAACUUCCACACUGAGCUGCACUUUGUGGACAAGGCUGGCCUAGUGUCUCUGGACAGUAUUCUUCAGGAUAUCCGCUCCCUGGAGAGGGGAAUGGAAGUGACCAAGAAGGAGUUCCUGGUGCAGGAAGACAACACAGUGCUGAAGGACUUUGUCAAGACAAACAGUGAAUUACUGGACUCGUUACUCAAAGACAGCAAAACCGCUCAGGAGGCGUAUGGCUUGGUGGUGGAGUAUUUUGGAGAAAACCCCAAGACCACACAACCCUCCAUGUUUUUCCCUCUGUUUGUCCGCUUCAUGAAGGCCUAUAAGCAAGCAGAGAAGGAUAAUGAACAGAAGAAGAGACUGGAGGCCCAGAGCAGUGAGAACCAAGCAGAGUCUCCCUCCCCCAGAAAGAAAGAGGCUGCAGGACACAAGUCUCCCAUGAUGCCCAAGAUGGACCUGAUAGCGGAGCUGAAGAAGAGGCAGGUGAAGCCUCAGGUGAAGGAUGGGGCCCUGGAGGACAUCAUCACAGACCUGAGGAACUCACCGUUCAGAGCAACAGAUGGACGGAGACCAGCACAGCGUCAAGACACCUGAACAACUCCAGCUCCAAGACCCACAACUCCACUGAGAUUACUGUACACACUCAAUGUCAAAGUGUAUGCAUACACAGAACACAAAUACAUACCUGUACUGUACAUACACAAUACACCUACAUUAGUACUGAAGAUUAUAUGGCCUUUAACCUAUCAAUACACAUUUAAACUACAGUAUGAAUUGACUCUGUAAAUAGAACAGAGUUUAAGUUAUACGUCAUGAGCAAAUGUGUAACAUAGAAAUACAUUGAUGCAUUUUUAUCCAUUUAGCUUUUUAAAAUAGCUUAGAAUGUUUGGUUCCGUUCAUCUUUUAAUGAGUACAUUUUUUUAAUUAAAAAAACAAGUUUCACA